AUGACUUCACAUGAAAACAUUGGUAGCUCCAAUCCAUCUGGCAGCAAUCAAUUUCCUUUGAUAGUAGAUGAAGAUAAUGCAACCCCAUCAUCACCUCUGUUGAAUAUGCCAAACGAUGUCCAGGCAGUCCAACCUAGAAAUGAAAUAAUUCAAGAAGAGGGGAAGUACAAAUCAAUUGUUUGGAAUCAUUUUAAAAGAAAGAGAGUUGAUGAGAAAGACAAGGCUAAGUGCAAUUAUUGUAAGAAAUUGCUAGUAAGGGGAUCCAAUUAUGGCACUAAACAUUUGCAUGACCAUGUGAAAAUAUGUCCAAGGAGAAAGUUUCAAGACAUUAGGGAUAUGAAUCAAAAAAUUUUGGCGAGGGAUCAAAAUAAAGUGGAUUCAAUGGCAGGUGUGAAUGCUUAUAAUUUUGAUCAAAAUGUAUCAAGAAAUGAACUUGCUCGUAUGAUCAUCUUACAUGAGUAUCCCCUCUCUAUAGUUGACCACAUUGGUUUUAGAAAAUAUUCAACUUCUCUUCAACCAUGGUUCAGGAUGGUUUCUAGGAACACAAUCAAGAAGGACAUUUUGAGCAUCUAUGAGAAAGAAAGGGAGAAAUCAAAGCAUGAAAUUGAUAAGAAUCAAGGUAGAAUUUCUAUUACCACUGAUAUGUGGACUUCACAAAACAAAAGGCGAGGGUUUAUGGUUGUAACAACACACUUCAUUGAUGGUCUGUGGAGAUUACAAAGCCAAGUUAUGAGGUUUAUUUAUGUGCCAUCUCCACAUACGAAAGAAGUGCUUUCUAGUGUCCUUCUAGAUACUUUGUUGGAGUGGAAUAUUGAUAGGAAGUUAUCUACUAUGACUAUGGACAAUUACAGUACCAAUGAUGCAGUUAUAAAAAUUAUCUUAGAUAAGCUUCAACGUGGUGCACUUAUUAUGCGUGGAUCAAUGUUGCAUAUGCGUUGUGCAGCACAUGUUCUUAAUUUGAUUGUUCAAGAUGGUUUGGAUGUAAUUGGAUCAUGCAUUGAAAAGGUUCGAGAAAGUGUGGGAUUUUGGACUGCAUCAACAAAGAGAAGGCAAAAGUUUGAAGAGAUGGCUCGACAAGCACAUGUUGAAUGUACCAAAGAACUAGCCCUUGAUUGUAAGACUCGUUGGAACUCUACCUAUCUCAUGCUUUCUAUUGCUAUAAAGUAUCAAAAUGUCUUUUAUCGAUUGAACAUAUGUGAGUCAUCUUAUAAGUGCAUUCCAACAGAGGAAGAAUUAGAGAUGGCAAGUAAUAUAUGUGAGAGAUUGGCAGUGUUUCACAAGAUUACAGAGCUAUUUUCAGACCCAAGAUAUAAGAUUGAAUUGUUAGAAUAUUAUUUUCCAAUAAUUUAUGGUGAUGAAGUUGAUAAUGAAAUUCAAAUGGUUAGAGAUAUUUGUUAUGAAAUGAUUCGUGACUACAGUUCUGGGAGAAUGGGUAGGGAAGGUACUCGUGGCCCUUGUGUGGGAGAGAAUCUGCAAGUUGAUGACUCCCUUAUGGACUUUGAAAGAUAUCUUAGUAAAAAAAAAAGGGGUGGGAAUAUUAAAUUGGAGUUGGACCAUUACCUUGAGGAUGAUUUAAUGCCAAGAACUGUGGAUUUUGAUAUUUUGGCAUGGUGGAAAUCUAAUGGGCCAAAGUAUCCUACUUUGCAACGUAUUGCAAGGGAUAUCCUUGCCAUUCCAGUGUCAACUGUUGCCUUAAAGUCAUCAUUUAGCACAAGUGGUCGAUUGUUAAGUCCACAUCGCAGUAAACUUCAUCAAAAGACUGUGGAGGCAUUAAUGUGUGCUCAAAAUUGGUUAUGGGCUGAAAUUAAUGGUUCUUCAUCUACCAUAGAUGGAAUUGAAGAUAAAUUCCAAAAUAUCCUGGAUGAUUAUGAUGAUGAAGAAGAAAGUGGUGUCACAAUGAUGGAAGAAAGUGGAGAUUCUUUUUGA